UUGAGCCUGUAGACGUCUUGUUUACAGUGGCUGUGCCAGGCCUGUAAGGUCCUUUACCGAGCAAGUGUGAACGCUUUUAUUGCUAACAUCUAUUCUCUCGUUACAAGGGUCAUUAUAUGAAACCUCCAAUCUGGAUCGAGGCGGUAACAACAGGAAAAAGAAGAUAGAGGAAUUCUCUAGGUCUUCUCGGGAGAAACUAGUCCAGUCGAAGAACAAAAUGUUCUCCAAAUUUACGUCCAUUCUUCAGCACGCUGUGGAAGCGCUUGCCCCAUCACUACCCUUGCAGGAGGACUUUGUCUAUCACUGGAAGGCCAUCACACACUAUUACAUUGAGACUUCUGAUGACAAAGCUCCAGUUACAGACACAAACAUCCCAUCCCACCUGGAACAGAUGCUGGACAUCCUGACCCAGGAGGAGGGGGAAAGGGAGUCUGGAGAGACAGGACCCUGCAUGGAGUAUCUCCUACACCAUAAGAUCCUCGAGACUCUAUACACCUUGGGCAAGGCAGAUUGCCCUCCGGGGAUGAAGCAGCAGGUGCUGACCUUCUACACGAAACUGUUAGCACACAUUCGACAGCCUCUCCUGCCACACAUCAAUGUCCACAGACCUGUACAGAAACUGAUCCGUCUGUGUGGCGAGGUGUUGGCUGCUCCUACAGAAAAUGAGGAGAUUCAGUUCCUCUGUAUAGUCUGUGCCAAACUGAAGCAGGACCCCUACCUUGUCAACUUCUUCCUUGAGAAUAAGUCAAAGAGACCUGAGACGAGGAGUCCUGCAGGGACGGAUUUGGUGAAGGAGGAUGUGUUGGCUCCGGACACUGGUCAGUCUCCGGCAGAGGAGCAGGCUGAACAUGCAGAGGAGCCUCAGGCUGCAGCUGCCGCCUCCACCUCCAGUCCAACCACUAACAACAACAACAGCAACAAUUACAAUCUCGUCACCUCCCUGCUCAACCUCACAAAGAGCCCUGAUGGCAGGAUAGUGGUGAAGGCAUGUGAAGGCCUGAUGCUGCUGGUCAGUUUACCAGAGCCUGCAGCUGCCAAGUGUUUGACUGAAAACACUGAGCUCUGUGAGCUUCUGACUGACAGGCUGGUCUCCUUCUAUAAAGCCCUGCCACAGUCCAUGGACCCCUUGGACAUUGAGACAGUGGAGUCAGUCAACUGGGGUCUGGAUGUAUAUAACCUGAAGGAGGAUGCUGCUGUCUUCACAGGGAAGAGGGCUCUCAUCUCCUUCCUGUCCUGGCUAGAUUACUGUGACCAGCUCAUCAAGGAGGCUCAUAAGUCAGCAGCGACAGUGAUGGCAAAAGCAGUGAGAGAAAGAUUCUUCGUGUCUGUCAUGGAACCACAGCUGAUGCAGACGUCCGAGGUGGGCAUCCUGACCUCCACAGCCCUGCUGAAUAGGAUCAUCAGGCAGGUGACAUCAGAGGCUCUGCUGCAGGAGAUGGUUUACUUCCUGCUGGGAGAGGAGAGAGAGCCAGAGACUUCAGCUGCUAUCGCUCAGAAUCCACUGAGGCACAGACUCAUCGAGCACUGUGACCACCUGUCUGAUGAGAUCAGCAUCAUGACACUGCGGCUAUUUGAGCAGCUGAUCCAGAAGCCCAACCAACACAUCCUGCACAGCUUGGUGCUUCGCAGCCUGGAAGAAAGGAACUACCUAGAGAACAAACCACAGGAGGAGAGGGAGCCCCUGGAGAACGGGCAGCCACACGAUGCUGUAGACCUUGAGGAGGAUCCACUGUUUGGUGACGACAUCUCUCCUGACAGCAGGCUGUCUGGUUCUGAUUGGCUCAGCUCCUCUCCACCGCAGAGUCCUGACCACUCAAAGUGUGACGGGAAGACAGAGGUCCACAAGAUCGUCAACAGUUUCCUGUGUUUGGUGCCAGAUGAGGCGAAGUCAUCGUAUCAUGUUGAAGGCACGGGCUAUGACACCUACCUCAGAGAUGCACACAGACAGUUCAGGGACUACUGCGGGGUCUGCCAGCGGUGGGACUGGAGGGGAAAUCCAAAGCCUUUUGAGAAGUGUAACUUGGACACCCCGUUCUUCGAGGGCCACUUCCUCAAGGUUCUCUUCGACAGGAUGGGUCGCAUCCUAGAUCAGCCCUACGAUGUCAACCUGCAGGUGACCGCUGUGCUGUCCAAGCUGUCUUUGUUGCCACACCCCCACCUGCACGAGUACCUGCUGGACCCUUACAUCAACCUGGCCCCUGGCUGCAGGUCUCUGUUCUCUGUCAUCGUCAGGGUGGUGGGAGAUCUCAUGUUGAGGAUUCAGCGUAUCCCGGACUUCACACCCAAGCUGCUGCUCGUGAGGAAGAGGUUAUUGGGUCUAGAGCCAGAGGGCAUCACUAUCGACCACAUGACUCUGCUGGAGGGGGUGAUCGUGCUGGAGGAGUUCUGCAAAGAGCUGGCAGCCAUCGCCUUCGUCAAAUACCACGCGGCUUCCUCCUCCUCGCCGUAAUCUUCCUGCUGUUCAUCCAUCUGCCUCGGCCAGGCAGACAGGUCAAGAUUGAACUGGGCCUUUGGGGUGUGCUGGCACCGGUGGCACAGGGUCGGCAAAACAUUACCACUAACCGCUCAUCCCUGCAAGACUGUUAAAAGCCCACACGGACGGGUUUCAUCGCUCCUCCUCUUCUAACCUCUCGGGCUCCUCCAUAAAAAGUCUUUGGUCUUGUUUUUGAGCAGGUCAGAGCGCAGACACUGCCCAGCCAGCAGAGGAAUGAGAGGAGGGAGGGACAGAUGUCGAGGUGCAGAGAGAUGCUCACUGGACUCUUUUCAGCCUCUGCAUUUUCUCCCUCCCCAACCAUCUUCUUCCUCACCAGCCAAAAGAUGAUAGCCCUGUAAUUAUUCCAUCACGGAGAAAAGAUGUUUGUGUAUUUAUUUCCUGUCCCCUUAUCACCCAUUUGUAAACGUCAUUGCCUUAGUGUGGAAUCACACCUUUCAGUUACAGAAGAUUGUUUCCUUUUGAAACAUUUUUAACUCGACUACAUGCUGUCUGUUUGAAGACAAGAGGCUGUAGAGGAAAUGCCCACUACCUUCAACCCCUACAUGUACCUGUAGUUACAUACAUAUUGACUUGCAGUACUAAUGAUACUGCAUUCAUAUUUUUUUAUGCCAAGUCCUCAUAUUUAUUUGCUUUCAGGUUGCCUUUUUAAUUAAUAUCAUGUUAAGAUGAAAUUAGUUUAAAACAGUCAAAGUAAGGACUGACUGAGCAGAUGCUGUUUACUUUUAUUUGUUGUCUUCGUCUUUCCUCGGUUUGUCUUUAAGUGCUCUCAAAGUUCGUCUGUAAUCACCCAAAGAUGUCACCAUCCAUCACAUUCAGUCAGGAGAAGUGGUGAAAUUUGCAAAUGAUGUGAAUUUGCACACGGAUCUCAUUGCAUUGCGCUCGUUACAUUGAUCAUGUUCUUUCGUGCUUUGUUUGGCUGACUUUUAGGAAAUGUCAAGUUGGCAUUUGUUGGAGGAGACCUCUUGGUUUUGAUUCCAUUAGUUCUGAAAUGUUGUUCUCCAGACCCAGUGUUGCAUUUCUCACGCACCAGUGUUUGUUUUAUCCAAGGGAUGCUGUGUUUUUGUUUGUACAGCAUUGAUAAUCCUCAAUAAUUGGUUAAUUAUGUUGAUUGGAGGGAUGCAGAGUAGCGAAGCUCUUGACUUUAUUAACCAGUGUAUAAAAAACAUCAUUAACUUAGGACAUACUCUAGCCUCCAGCAGUGGUUCCUAAUCUUUUAUUAGCUUUUGAUCCCUAAAACAAAGCUACGUGUACUUGGUUGAAAGUUGUUAACAGUUCGACCAAUAUGUGAUUGUAGCUUGUCAGAUUGUCUUUUAUUUGAAAUGAUCAAGUCUGAAAAGGAAACAUUUUUGUGUAUCACAAAGACCUGAUCCCCGAGACCCUUUAGAUUUAUCUCAUGACCCUUUGGAUGGGCCCAGUUUGGAAACCACUGGCUAUCAGCAUCCUAAGACUUCUGAGGUUAUCAUUUCACCUGAGGUGUUGCGUUUACUAGCAGUAUUACAUUUGCAUCCUGAUCUUGAAUGGCGGAGAAAUGUACUGGCGGUGCUGUGCAUUGUUUGAACAGGCUGUUUGGUUCUGUAUUGCCUCGAUAUCUGGGGAGGGUGAAAUCUCACCUCUCAGAUCAGUGAUUCAUUAGCUGAGGUUUGAAUUAGACUAGAUCAAAAUGCUACUUAAUGGAACUUUGGUUGUUGUGUUUUGUUCCCAGAGUGAAUGUUUCCAUGAAUGAUGAGCGUUUGGUGAUGAGUUUGUUUAUGUAUGAGUGUGAUGAAUUAUGCCCUGGAGUCAUUCAUUGAAGCCAUGAGUCCCUGGUCUUGAGCCUUGUGUCCCCACCCCCCCUUUCAAACCCAUCACUCAAGCACCUAAACCACAUUAUGCAACUGCUUGCAUGGAAUCAGAUUUGCACAUUGUCUUUCUUCAUCCUUGUUCAUAAUGUAAAUAUACACAACAAAAAGCUUUUUUUUUCUUUUUUUUCCAAAAAUGUUUUGUUUCAUAAACCAAAAAAAAAAUCUAGGAUGUACCAGGAGUAACAUUUCUAUUUUAAUGGGAAACAUUUUUUAAAUUAUCAAUCAUGCACAUUUUUUAAUCAACUAUCUUUCCAACUUGUUCUGUACAGUUGUAUAUUGUAUGUGUACAAUAGCAAUAGAGAUAUACUACCUGCCGUAAAUGCAUGCUUAUACAUUAUUUUUCAUCGUUGAAAGGAGAAAGGCAGUCCAGGCCAUCUGUGAUGAUUUCUUAGCUGUCAGCACUUUGUUCUUUGAAGACACUGACAGGGAGAUAUGCCUUACUUCGCACUGUGGAUCUCCGAGGACUCCUAGAAUCGAUGUGGAAGGGGUUUCUGCCUCACUGCAGUCUGUUGUGAUCUUAUGCUAUCGCUUGUGUUACAUAGACUUUGGUUUGUGAAGAUAUACAGGACUCUCAGUAUAGUCAAAGAUCUGAUGCCAACUGAUGAAUUUUCUUGUGUCAGCUUAGACCAAUCACUGUAUGAUGUUGGUGCGUUUCUUUCACGUUCAUCGCUGCUUUCCCCUGGUGUGAAAUGGGACGAGACUCAAUAUGCUUCUUCUAUCUCACGGCCAGUUUGAUUUUUGUGAUUGUGCAAUGCAUAACUGAAACAUUAAGGUAAGGUGCAUGCUCACUCCUCCCAGCGCCUCAGAGUAAAUGUAAGUCAUCACCGCAGUCUCUCAGAGGUGUUUGGCUCAUUUAUUCCUCAUCAGCUGUCUUCAUUUCAACACUGUUUCAUUCAGAACAAUGUGGUUUUGUUUAACAUUCUCCGUCCCAAUUAAAAAAAAGAAAAGGUUCAGUA